AUGAAAUUCUUCGAAUGCGACACAGAACCAGGCGUCUCAGACCGCUCCUCCUCUGAACUCGAUCACAUAGCCACCACUACGACAAACCGAAAAGCCUCCUAUACCACCGCCAGCACCCCAACUCCCUUUCCCACACAACGGCAGCACUCCUUCGCCACGUCACAGCGCGAAUCACUCACUGCUGCAGAACGCGCACGGCGGAACCUCAAUGCUAAGCUCGCAAACCCUCUUGCCGGUCUCAGCCAUGCCACGCUCAUGAAACGCGGCGGCCGCUAUGCCCGCCAGCACCAGAUCGGCGACGAGGAGGAUAUCCGCGCCUUUGAACUAGGCGCGGUGCUGGCGCAGGCGCCGGAGCAAUUUGAAAGUGUCCAGGGCUUGACGGAGAAGGAGCUGCAGGUGCUCAGGAAGGAGUUUACGAAUCGGUGGUCGCAGCCCGGUCUUAUGUAUCUGGUUAUCAUCCUUUGCUCGCUCAGCGCGGCCGUUCAGGGGAUGGACGAAUCCGUCGUCAAUGGAGCGCAGAUCUUCUACAAAUCCCAAUUCGGCAUCGGCGGCCUCGACCCACGCUCAACAUGGCUCGUCGGCCUCGUGAAUGCAGCUCCGUAUCUGUGCUGCUCCCUAAUAGGCUGUUGGCUUACUGUCCCCUUUAACCACUGGUUCGGCCGGCGGGGCACGGUGUUUAUUACCUGCUGUUUCUCCGCUAUCGCGUGCUUCUGGCAAGGCUUCGUGAACUCAUGGUGGCAUUUAUUCAUCAGUCGCUUUGCCCUAGGGUUCGGAAUCGGCCCCAAGUCAGCCACAGUGCCCAUUUAUGCUGCAGAGACAACCCCACCGGCCAUUCGUGGUGCGCUGGUUAUGCAAUGGCAGAUGUGGACUGCCUUCGGCAUCAUGCUCGGCUACAUGUCUGACCUUGUCUUCUUCGAGGUGCGCGACACUCCCACCGUGACUGGGCUAGGGUGGCGUUUGAUGUUAGGUUCCGCCAUGUUCCCUGCCAUGUUGGUAUGCACCUUCGUUUUCGCCUGUCCCGAGUCCCCCCGCUGGUAUAUGAGCAAAGGUAGCCAUUACAAGGCAUACCGAUCUAUGUGUCGUUUGCGCUUUAUGAAAGUACAGGCAGCCCGAGACCUGUUCUACAUGCACACUCUGCUCGAGGCGGAGGCGGCCAUGAAGUUGGGUCAAGCCAAGAUUCUUGAAUUAAUCACCGUCCCGCGCAAUCGACGUGCACUAAUUGCCUCCGAAAUUGUCAUGUUUAUGCAACAGGUUAUCACCCCCCAAACCCCCCACUGCUAUUAUUCCAUGCAUAUGUACACUCCUCCCCUAACAUUGUACCUGCAGUUCUGUGGUGUAAACGUAAUAGCCUACUACUCCUCCGAAAUCUUCCUGGACGCUGGCUUCUCUCAAAAGGCGUCUCUAGCCGCCUCCUUCGGCUUUGGAGUCAUCAAUUGGCUCUUCGCAAUCCCAGCUAUCUACACAAUCGAUACAUUCGGCCGUCGCAACCUCCUCCUCGUCACCUUCCCGCUCAUGGGUCUGUUCCAGUUGCUGACGGGGUUCUCCUUCUGGAUCCCCACCGACGGCUCUGCCACCAUGCGCAGAGCCCAUACCGGCUGCGUCGCGCUGGGCAUCUAUCUCUUUGGCAUCGCAUACUCACCCGGCGAAGGUCCCGUACCCUUCACUUAUUCCGCCGAGGCGUACCCGCUCUACGUGCGUUCGCAUGGUAUGGCACUGGCGACGUCGACGACGUGGUUUUUCAACUUCAUGCUUGCGAUUACGUGGCCGAGUUUGAAGCAUGCGUUUAAACCGCAGGGUGCGUUUGGGUGGUAUGCAGGUUGGAAUAUUGUUGGGUUUUGCCUUGUGCUGCUGUUCAUGCCGGAGACAAAGGGGAAGACGCUUGAGGAGCUUGAUCAGGUGUUCUCGGUGCCUACAAUGGUGCAUGCUAAGUAUGGGGUGGCGGAGCUUGUGUAUGUUUUCCGCAAAUAUUUGUUGCGGCAGAAGGGGUUGAAGAAGGUGGUGCUUUUUGAGAAGGAUGACGGGGGCAGUGAGAAGAGGAGGGCUGGCAGUGGGAGCACGGGUGGCAAUACUGAUAUGAAGGCUAUUGUUAAUGGAAGGGGGGUGGAGUUGAGUGAUGAAGGGAGGUUGGAGAAUGGAUAA